ACAUAUGUGCAGCAUUGGCCGAACGUGAGCGUGCCCUGCGCGGAUUAAGUGCGCAACAGUGAACACAAAAUGCCGUCAGAGUCCAAACCUUUGUUGACAGCUCAAACAGAAAAGCCAAAUCAUUACUCAUAUUUGAAAGAAUUUCGGGUCGAGCAAUGCCCGCUCUUCUUACAACACAAAUGUACACAGCAUCGACCAUUCACCUGUUUUCAUUGGCAUUUUAUGAAUCAGAGGCGACGGCGUCCUGUACGUCGCAGAGAUGGGACAUUUAAUUAUAGUGCCGAUAAUUAUUGCACAAAAUAUGAUGAAACUACUGGGAUUUGUCCCGAUGGAGACGAUUGCCCUUAUUUACAUAGGACAGCAGGUGAUACAGAAAGAAGAUAUCACCUUAGGUAUUAUAAGACAUGUAUGUGUGUCCAUGACACAGAUUCUAGAGGAUAUUGUGUAAAGAAUGGCUUACAUUGUGCUUUUGCACAUGGUAGCCAUGAUCAUCGUCCUCCAGUAUAUGACAUUAAAGAAAUACAGGCAUUAGAAGCCGCAGAUGCAGAAGGCAGUGGCUCUGCGAAUGGCCCCAAUGCAUUAGACAAAGAAAGGAAUUUAAUGAAUGAAGAUCCUAAAUGGCAAGAUACGAAUUUUGUUCUUUCAAAUUAUAAAACAGAGCCUUGCAAAAGGCCACCUAGGUUAUGCAGGCAAGGAUAUGCCUGUCCUCAAUAUCAUAAUAGUAAAGAUAAAAGAAGAAGUCCUAGGAAAUUUAAAUAUAGAUCAACACCUUGUCCAAAUGUGAAGCAUGGGGAAGAAUGGGGCGAACCUGGAAACUGUGAUGCAGGCGAUUUAUGUUCGUAUUGCCAUACUAGGACAGAACAACAAUUUCAUCCUGAGAUUUAUAAAAGUACAAAAUGCAAUGAUGUGCAACAGUCAGGUUACUGCCCUAGGGGCGUUUUCUGUGCUUUUGCUCAUGUUGAACAAGAAUUAGGUGUUUCAAGAGAUACUGGGGAAAGCGGCACAAAUCUAGCAGAUAUAUUAUCAAAUGUUCUUCCCCAAACAACAGUGGAUUUGAAACUCAAAGAAAAAAGCAGUGAUAGUUCUAACGGUUGUAGCGAGGUAAGCGAGUCGUCAUCAACAUCAUCAGAAUUAGGCAAUUCCAUAAGCAAUUUAAAUAAUAGUCUAAAUGUUAGUGCAACUAGCACGACAAGUACAAGUAAAGCCCCAGGAUCUCAACUUACUCAUAAACAUGUGCCCUUCCGGGGAGGACCUACAAUAGGAAUGGAAUUGACAAAUAAAUUGUUAGCAAUAGAAAAAGAUCCUACUUUAGAUUCAAUGGAGAGAGAACAGAGGAAACAAAAUUUAUGCUUUGCCGCUUAUAGUAGUAUAGGAAGCUCAUUUUUCAGUAGAGGAAAUGAUACUUUAGGGAAUGUAGAAAGUGUAGUUGGUAAUGCGUUAGAUGACCUAAAUUUAGAAGAUUCUUUAAAUCUAUCGGGAGCCCUAGACCGAGACCUAGACACCGACUCGCCAACCGUUUCGAAUUCAAUCUCAGUGGGAUUGGCCUCUUCGGGUCUUCUAGGCAGUUCGGCCCCAGUCAACAUUCCUGGCUCAACGCGUGCCGGUCUCGGAGGUUUCAGCCCGCAAGGAAACAGUCCCAUGCAGACCUUCCUAUCAGCAGCUAGGUUUUCUCAGCCCGACAUUGAUUUAUUUAAUCACUCGCAGAUGCAGUUGAGUUCUAGCGCUUCGAAGAUUAAUAACUAUUCUGGCUUCUUCGAUUUUCAGUCACAGAGUAUAUCGCCCAAUAAUAGGAAUCACAAUAAUUUUAGUAGCAUGUCACCUAGUAUUAAUAGCAAUUUGGAAGUUGUCAGGUUAAGAGAUGAAAUAACCACAUAUAGGUUACAGUUAAGCAAUAGCGAAGAGCGAUGUCAGCAAGUCAGGAAUGCAUGUGAUAUGUGGCAAAGGGAGGCAGAGGAUGCUACUAGGAAGGCCCAGCAGGUCGAAAGCAAAUUUAGCGAAACUAUGACGCAAUUCAAUAGUCUUAAGCAAGAACUAGAACAACUGCAGGGUGGACCACAUAUUAGGAGUAUCACUAAGGUAUCAGAAUUGAGUAAAUUAUCUCUUAGCGUGCUGAAAACACUACAUGCACAACUCAGACAAGAUCUUGAAGAAAUAGAAAAAGUUUUAUAUAGAGAAACAGCUUCUAAAUGUAUGGUAUGUGAAGAAAAAAAUAGGACAGUAACAUUAAGUUGCAAUCACUUCGUUUUAUGCGACACAUGCUCUAGUACUCAAAGCGAGUGUCCAUACUGUCAGACACCCAUCAACCUCAACAACAUGUGAAGAAGAGGUAUUUAGGCUUGCAAAGGGGCCACCCUGACCUGCUGACCUGAAUCGUAGUGGCGGAGGGCGAGACGACAACUCACUUUUAUUUUCAAAGAAGACAGCUCUCGCACGCGGUCCGGAUGGCCAUUUUUGCAAUUUAACAAAUUUUUAAAUUGAUGAUUGUCUAGUAGGUUUAUUCAACAAAUUUUUUUCUCCUUUUUUUUAUUAAUCGUAAGUCUAGGCGUGAUUUUUUAAAUGGUUCGUGAAUGUGUUUGUGCAUCACUCGUAUGUAAGUUCGGCUAUUGUAUUUUUGGCGUCUGUUCAGGCGGCCCCAACUACUUAUGUACGCAAAAAGAUGAAAAUUAUAAAAUUUUGCACUUGUUUCGAAAUCCAUUCGAAUAUUUUUUCUUUCUAACACCAUCUUAAUUGUAGUUUUAAAAUAUUUGAAUUGAGGGGGUCCGACGUAAAAGGGUUUAAGUGCAGUUUUGAUAGUUCUGAGACAAUUAGCUUCAAAGUUGUUUGAAUUUUAUAAAUUCUAGGUGUCAUUAAACUAAAAUAUGUCUGGUGUACAAUGUUCUAUAAUCUAUAAAAUGGUAAAAGUAUAAGGGUUUAUUAUUCCUCUUACUAUGUAUAUCCUUCCUUUUUUCAAUUAUUAAAAAAUUGUACUUGAAUUGGUACAUGGUGUUGAUAAAUGUUACUGGUAAAACGGUUCAAGUGCAGAGGUUACUACAUAUUACUAACCAUUUUUGUCCCAGUUAAUAUCCACAGUGUAGUGUAACUACAACUGACACGUUUCAUAAUACUUAAUUAGUCUUUAAAAUUGGUCACAAGUCUAAUAUUUAUUUACUUGAAUACAUUACAGAAUACUAAAAAUAGUUUUGUGGUAAAAUGGUUCAAGCGCACUUAAAUCCGUUUAUUAAAAAUAGUGUUUUUACAGUAUAUUAAAAAUAGUGUUGUGGUAAAACGGUUCAAGCACACGGUUAAACCUGUUUACUACCAAAGCAAACUGCAAUUGUUUUCAGUGAACUAAAUGUAAUGGCGACUGUAGGGCGAAAUAUGCUUAAAUCGUUUUACCACCAAGUUCUAAUACCAUUUAAGUAUGCGAAUCUGUACUUAAAGUGAAAUUUUAAAAAAGUGCACUUAAACCCUCUUACUUCUAACCCCCUCAAUUGUAGUUUUAAAAUAUUUGAAUUGAGGGGGUCCGACGUAAAAAGGUUUAAGUGCAGUUUUGAUAGUUCUGAGAAAAUCAGCUUCAAAGUUGUUUGAAUUUUAUAAAUUCAAGGGUCAUUAAACUAAAAUAUGUCUGGCGUACAAUGUUCUAUAAAAUGAUAAAAGUAUAAAGGUAUAUAUUUCCUUUUACUAUAUCCUUCCUUUUUUUAAUUAUUAAAAAAAUUACUUGAAUCGGUACAUGGUGUUGAUAAAUGUUACUGGUAAAACGGUUCAAGUGCAGGUUUUAACUAUUACUAAUCAUUUUUAUCCCAGCUAUUAUCCACAGUGUAACUACACUUGUAGUGUAGUGUAGUGUAAUCCACUACUAGUACUUGAAAUGGGCAGUGCCUAUUUCGGCCCAAGAAACAGGUAGGUAUUUUAAAAAUGUCCCAAGUCGGCGCAAAGAUUAAAACUUCCUGAUAUAAAAUGUACCAGCUCGGCUCAUGGGAUAGUAAUAAUUGUUACUAUCAAAUAAUUUUACAUUUCAAUGAAAAAAAAAUACAUUUUUAUAGAAUAACUUUAUUAAAUAGAUAUAUAAGUAUACAUAGCCCAAUAAAAAUAAAAACUAAUUUUAAAAAUUGUAAUAAUGUAUAUUAUUAUUUUUGAAUGUAUAUAAGUUUAUGGGCUGUAUUUAUACUGUUACACUUAACAUGAACAUCUGAAUAUAAUGACCAUUAAAAUAGCCGUGAACUGUAAGGGCCAUUCCAUUUCAAAUCACUCAAUUUUGGAGCAAAAAAAAUUUUGGACCUCCGAUUUGUCUGAAAAUUGGUAUAUAGCUUCUACGGGACGUAAAAAUAAGAUAUUUAAGGUCAACAAAUUUUCUUCUUUUUUUCUCAAAAUGUUAUUUUAUGCGAUUUUACAGUGAUUUGGUGUUUAUUUAUACAAAUUUGCAUUUUCUAUCGUAAAGUAUCAAUGGAAAACAUAAUAUUUUAAUAGAAGGGACUCAAAAAUGUCAU